UUAGUUUUCUGUCGGAUGGGGUGGCUAACCCCAUGCCCAACCCUCCUCCUUUAUCCAGGCUUGGGACCGGCAGUAGCCCCCGGAUGUACUACAGGCGGAGUUGAGGCACCAAAUAGAUAUGAGCCAAAUAAAUCAUCCUACUUCUGUGAGGGCUAUGAUGUUGCUCAGGUGCCCAGACAGAAGUAGGUGAUUUUCUUUGAGGGACCACACCAACAGCCUUCAGCCUAAAGGUCUGAUCCACAAAAAACGAAGUGAAGCAACGUCAGGAGAUACAGUCCCAUGGUAGCCGGUAACCAACAAGAGGUUCAUACACCAUUUAUUCCUUCAAGAUACUGGAGCUCAUGCACACCAUUGGUUUGGAAUAUGGGUUUUCCAACUCCUCUAAGUGGACUCUCCAUACCCACCAACCCAAUUAAAGCGCCGGACAUUCGAUUUUCGUCUUCUCAAUUUCGUAAACAAAACCCUCACUUCGAGAAUGCAGUGAGUAGAACUUCCCUGUUAGUGAUUGUAUGCAUAAUUGAAAUGACUAUUAACAACCUAACGAUAUUAGCUCUCAAUACAAUGAUACAUUGUACCUGUUGUACUAUCUUUUGAAAUGAUCAUCAAGUCGAUCACGUAAAUAUCCACACACACACACACACA